AAGGAAUACUAAUAAUACACAAUGUAUAGGAAUUGAAAUAUUUCCUCUGUCUCCUUCACUUUAUAUACAUAGAAAAAAAAGUUGCAAGUGAGUUAGGCCUAUAUAGUGCAUAACUUUUUGGUUUUUUUCACUAUAUUUUUCUUCUUCUCUCUUUCCUCUAUUGAGUUUUGUGUAAAAAUGGCUGGUAUGCUUCCUGGUGUUGAAUGUGCUAGAAGAAGGAGAUUUCAUCAAAGUAGUGGAUGUAUAGAUUCAUCUAACACCACUGGUUUUUCAUCCACAAGAAGGUCUUCUUUUUGUCUAUACACAAGUAACAAUGAACACCCUCUCAAUUCAAGUUCAUCCAAGCAAAGGGGUGCAACAAGUCAAGCAUAUCAAGAUGAGAAACUAGGUGAAGCUGCAAGAGAAGCCAAGCAAAGGUUGGAUGAUAGGCUUAGUGCAAGAUGGAAAUCACAAAAUAAGAGGAGUCCCAAUAAUAGACAACCACCAAACCAAAGCCAAGAGAUGUUGGAUAAUAGGCCAAAUUUGCAAGGAGAAGUAUUUUCAGGAUUAAAGAAAAGUGGAUCAAAGAAGUUCAAUUGGGCAAAAAUGAGUUGGAAAUCUCAAGAACAAGAUGAAUGUACAAUUUGCUUGGAUCAAUUCAAGAUUAGUGAUAACUUAAUGCAAUUGACAUGUGCCCACAAGUUCCAUUCCAAGUGUUUGGUGCCAUGGCUAGAAUCCAAUGCACAUUGUCCAUGUUGUAGAAUGACAAUAAUUUUGACUAGUACUAGUGCAUAAUUAGGAAAUUGGAAGGAAGUUGCAUGUCUCUUUCUACAACUUGUAGGUGUCCAAGAUUUUCUAAAAUGUACAAAAAUAUAUAUAUAGAUAUAAUAGGUGUCUUGCAAUUGAACCUAUUGACUAUUUUUUUUAUCUUUUAAGAAAAAACUUUAUGUAGUGUGAGCUAUGGUGGAUUGGGAGAAUUUGGGUGAGUUUUAAUUAUUUUGUCUUUAAA